GGUCACACUACUAACCAACACUAAAGAUAUAAACAAAUAUUUAUUUAUUACAAACAUUUUAUAAAUUUGUAUUUGUAAGCCAUUCCAAAUGUAUAAUGGGUGGCACUCGUUGCACUUUUCGAGAUUGCAAAGUCUCUUCAAACCGGAAUCCAUCGAUGCACUUCUUCAAGUUUCCCGUACGCGACCCGCGACAAUUGGAAAAAUGGCUAAAAAUUUGCGCCAAUGAAGAGAUUUUAAAAGUAUCUCAGCUUAAGCUGGCCAAUCGUGCUGUGUGUGCACGUCAUUUUCGCAUUGAAUGCUUCAUGAACUAUAAAAUGGACCGGCUUAUUGCCAAGCAGACGCCGACGUUGAUGCGAGUGAACAAGGAUCUCGCGUGGGACUUUGAAUCUAUCGACGAGAACGGCGAGGCGAUGCUUGUGAAAUUGCCUUCACCCACCUCCGCACAUCUUAAACCACCAGAGGGAUUUGAGUGUCCUCUUGGAUUUGAUACCGAUGCUAUAGAAGGUGAAAUUAGCUUGGAUCGAUUGGUAUAUAAGCGACCCUCUUCAAGCUUGCCAGAGAAGGCAUUCAAAAGGCGGAAAUUGAAUUUGACUAAGGUACAGCAGGAGCAGGAGCAGGAGCAGCAUCAAACCAGUACUAAAAUGUCACCAAGAAUGAUCGACUUUCCUCGCAAUGCAUUGCAGAAGCAAAAAGCGGAGAUUUGCAAGCCAAUUAUAAGUAAAAUCAGUGCACGCCCAACAAUUCAGGAACCCUCGAUUCGCUCAGGGCAAAGUCAGGAAAUGGCUAUACGAGAAGAAGAACCUUCCGUUCCUGAAUCAGAUAUCGAAACGCUACCAACUGCAGAGGAAUGCCAACUCCAGCUGGAAUAUAAUCAGCUAAAGUUGGAGUUUGAAAAGCUUUCGGAGCAGAAUGUCCAAUUAAAGCAACUGCAGGCGUCCAUACCAUCUACCAGUAGAGCUCCUCCGUCCAGCACCUUGACAAGCAUGACCAAGCCGCAGCUAUACAAUGGCAUAAAGAAAUAUCUGGGGCCCACUGUGGCCGCUCUGGUGCGCAUGGAAAUGUUCGGUGGUGCCGAGGAUCGUAACUGGAAAGAUGACGAGCGGCGCUUCGUCGUAGAACUGCUGCAGCUGGGCGAAAGUAUCUACGAGCAUUGCUGCGAGGAGUGGCGUUUUCGAUUGCCCUCGCUGCGGAUUGCACGUUCCUGGCUUGAUAGCAAAGAACCGGAAAAUGUCGAUCACUCGCUCGAGUUGUAGCCGUAUUAAGCGUAUAAUCCUUUUAUUUUACCAUUAAUAACUAUAAAAUUAAUUACUAGACUACGCUGGGUUCGUCCAAAUGGCAUAUGAUAGAAUCAUCUGUGGUCUUGAUUACGCAAAUCUCCUGAGUAGAUGCAUCGCAGAAGUAGCCGGCGGGGCAGCUGCCUGUAACGUUCGUUGGCUUGGUAGAGCCGAAACAGAAGGCGAACGUGGAACGGGAAGUGCAAGCAAAAACGUAAUUGGGGGCACACUGGCCGCAGCUAUCGGUGUCGCCGCAGCUGGCCGGAGUCUCGCUGCGCUGGAAGCAAAUAAUUGGCUGAUCUGUGCAGACCAGGCCAUCCGUGCACGUGAAGUUCUGUGCGGUAUUGGGCAUGCUGCUGCCAAAGCAUAGGUUGUACGAGGUCUGAUUAAUGCAAGCGGCCCCAUUCGACUGGCACACAUCGCAGGCAGACCAGAUCACACUCCCCUGCAGCGUCACGAGGACCAACUAAAUGAUGAGACAGAACAAGUCAAACAAUCAUCCUAAUUAGGACCACACCACCCUGAAAAUACUCACCAGAACCACGCACUUGUACAUCUUUUCGUCGUUACUGUUCUUUCACGAAUGGUCCGCGAUCUAGGAAGACAUCACAUUUUUACCACUUUUGACAGCACUGCC